AUGGAGACCCUGUGGGCGGCGAUUGUGCUGGUGGGGUGUUCGGUGACUACUUACCUCACGGUUCUCGUCGUCAGGUGUGCGAGAGGCGAGAAAGUGGAGUUGCCCGUCCCUACCAACCCGGACCUCGAUCGCUCUCGAAGAUGAUUGGCCCGAGCGAUUUUUUGGCGCGAGUUGAUUGGUCGGAGAUGGUGCGGGUCAACCGGUGUGAUGCGAUUUGUUGGAGAAUGCUGCCUCUCGGCGUGGCAGGAAAAACGAUCGGGAUAAUCGAUCACCAUCGUCGUGUUCCAGAGAUUCCCACGCAAGGGGAUGGGCGGGGCGAAUGCCAUGUUGUCAGGGCGAGGGUGUAGGACAAGUGGCAAAGCCGUUGCUCAGGCAUCGCCUCUUGGAAAGUGUCGGUUGAAACAUGUCAUGUGGCGGUAUGCCUAAUAGCUGGGGCCCGAUUGCUUGGAGGGAGGCGACUGAGGUGGUACGUGACUUGGCUUUGUGGUCGGUCGAACGCGAUUGUCCUGGGUCCAGAACAUCGCUGAUUUGGUGUGUCAGGUCAAUUUUUGUCUUUCACCGCAACGCUAUUGAUCGUGUGCAGCAACGAGUCGGUUUUCCUUAAGGAAAUACCGCCCCAUGACGAGGAGGUCGGAUGCCGCGCCCAGAAACUGUGCUCUCCGGAGAUCAUGUCACCCUAACAUAACAUAUGUAGUUAGGUCUAGUCGCACCCCGGCCCCGGUGUUGAAGGUUACUUUUAUUUUAUUUCAAGUUGGAACACUGUUGGAGGAUUUUUUGAGGGGGGGGGGGGGGG